AAUAAACAAAUAAACAAAGAACAGCGAAACAAACCAAAAUAAACUAGGGAGACUAGAGAACAUAAAUAAAACAAACAAGAGAUAAUAAGAAUAACUAAACAGGGAGUAAACUAGGGAACUAGAAACAAACAGAGAUAAACACUAAACAAGGACCUAGGGAAAUGACAAAUGAAACACGGAGAGGCUAAGAAAACGCAGAGAGAGACAGAAAAACGCAGAGAGACAGACAACGGGGGACAGUGCAAAGACCGACAGAGGACAAGUAACAGAGGAAGUCUUUUUAACAUAACAGGAAACACACUGGGAGUGGAAACACCUGGGGAAGGGGUGGAGCUACAAAUGAGACAUGAGGUAAUGGAAAAUCACAGGCAGAACACAGGGGCACGGGUCACGUGGGACAACACAGGCACGAGGACAGACAGGAAACAGGGCCAGGCGUGACAGAAACCUCCCCCUAAACGCGCAGCUCCCGAGGCGCGGAAAAACAAACCCCGGGGGCUGGCGGCAGGGAGAGGCCGGGGAAAACAGGAGACCGAACGGGAGACUGGACAGGGAACUGGACAGGAGAUGGAGACAGGACAGGGGACAGAGACUGGACAGGGAACGGACACUGGACGGGGAACUGGACAGGUGACGGAGACUGGACGGGGAACGGAGACUGGACGGGGAACUGGACAGGUGACGGAGACUGGACGGGGAACCGGACAGGUGACGGAGACUGGACGGGGAACCGGACAGGUGACGGAGACUGGACGGGGAACUGGACAGGUGACGGAGACUGGACAUGAGACAGAGACUGGACGGGACCGGACAUGGGAACAGGGACAAGAACAUUGACGGGGACGGAAACAAACACAGUAACAGGGACAGGAACAGAGAAACCACCGGGGACAGGAACUGGAACACUCACAGAUACAGGGACCAGGACAGGGAGAGACAGGGGGACCAAAAACAUA